AUGAACAACAAGGCUCCAACUGUUAAUGGCAGAUUUACUUUCUCUAUUUUGGAAGGACAACCAAAAGGAACCUUAGUUGGAUGCAUACACGUUUCAGACCCUGACGGAGAUGACUUAAUUUAUUCAACAAACAGUACAGAUUUUUCUGUCAAUUCUACAACUGGUGAGCUAAAAAGUCAAACUGUGUUUGACUUUGAGAAGAACAACCAAUACAACAUUCUUGUCGAAGUUACAGACAAAAUUCACAAAGCAAAUAUAAUGGUAACAAUUAAUGUGAUCGAUGUAAAUGACCAUAAUCCUCAGUUUUCUCAAAAUGAAUACAAAGUAAACCUCACAGAUUUCAAAAAUGGAGCAACAGUUACCCAGGUGUCAGCAAAUGAUGAUGAUCCGCAAGAUCAUAUAGUGUACAGUCUCAAAGGGGAUUCUCACUUUAAGAUUCAUCCAAAAGGGACAAUUGUUCUGACAAGAAACCUUGAUUGGAAAACAAAAGAGGAUUCUAUCACACUUAUGGCCACUGCUACUGACCUAAAAAACAGCUCGACCUCAGUACUUGUGUCACUUUCCCUUAUAAAACCACUGGAAUUUGCAAGAAGUAAUUUUACCACAUCAAUAUCAGAGGCCGCUCCAACUGGAACCAUUGUUUUUAAGGGAAUUGUUCGAACACGAAUGCCCUUGAUUUGGCAUCACCAGAAUAAUAAAAUCCCAAUAACAGUUGUGGUGCAUGAUUCUGACAACAAAAGUAAUCAAACAGAAGAACAUAUUACUGUAGAAGUCAUUGAUGUUAAUGACCAUGUUCCAGAAUUUUCUCAGAAGUCCUACAAAUUCCAGAUAGCAGAAAAUGUUGCAAAGACAUUUAAUAUUCAAGCAACUGAUAUGGAUGGUGGGAAAAAUGCCCAUGUAACCUACAGUUUCUUCCCUUCACAACCACAAGUUGUCAAAGGAAGUAUUUUACUAAAUGCAACAACAGGCACCUUGUCUAUCUCUUCCUUAGACAGAGAAGACAAAGUCGAAUAUACAUUCGACAUUAUGGCUAAAGAUGGAGGUAAUCCUCCCAUGAAUUCUACUACCAAAGUGACUGUUGAAGUACUGGACGUUAAUGAUAAUGCACCUGUGUUUACAAAAGCUGAAUACAAUGCAAAUGUAAAUGAAAACAGUGAACCUCAAAAGAUCCUUACAGUUCAUGCUGAUGAUAAAGAUGCUGGCCUGAAUGGAUUAGUUUUUUAUAAACUCCAAAACAAAUCUGUACCUUUCAUUAUCAACCAAAUCACUGGUGAUAUCUGGUCAAUGAUGGUUCUUGACUUUGAAAAGAAUCCAAUGUACAAAUUUCAAAUUCUGGCCACUGAUCAAAGCAGCAAUCCAAAGACAUCAUCCUGUUCUGUCACCAUCAAUGUCUUGGACAUUUGUGAUGAAGUUCCUCAAUUGACUACCGUCAUUUCUCUUUCCAAAGAUAAAAUUGUAGGAACUUCUGUCUUUUCACUAAAGAGCUCAGAGAAUGGUACAAAUUACAACAUUUCUGCUGAACAUGAUAUUGUUGACAUAAAUAAGAAAACUGGAAAUGUGUUUACCAGUUCCAAAAUUCCAAAUACUGCCACCAACUAUCACAUGACAGUGACUGCUUGGAGCCAGUGUCACCUGCCUGUGCUUACCGAAUUUGAAAUCAAACCAGAAGAUCCUAUCCUCAAAACCGAUGAGAAAGAACUUAAAGCUGAACUAACAGAGAAUCACUGCUCGAACCAAAGCAUGUUUAACCUGUCAGGUCUUCCAGAGUUUCAAGGAAAGGAUGUUAGCUUUAAUUUGAGGACAUUCAAUGAAUUUUUCAAAAUUGAAAAUGGACAAAUUUAUUGUCAGGUUGCAGUGGACCGGGAGAAGUAUUCACAAUUUGAGUUAUUGAUAGAAGUCUCUUACAAAUACAAACCAAUCGCAUAUACUGCAGAUGAGACACUGAAAGUUGUUGUGACAGUCUCAGAUGUCAAUGAUAAUCAACCUCAAUUCCAGACCCCCAGCCUUUUCUACAGCAUUCCAUCCACUGCUCAGUUCUUCUACCAAGUAGGAAAAAUAAAGGUCAUUGAUAAAGAUGAUGGGGAAAAUGGAGCCUCCCGCUUUAGCCUCAGUAAAGAUGAUAAAGAUUUGUUUUAUAUAAACCCGUCAUCAGAUCUCCAUAUAUGA